GUGGUGCCUACAGCUGCGCGCGCCCUGCCCCUCUCUGCUGCUUUCCUUACUGACGUCGCUGCUGCGCACACAUGCAUAGUCAAAACAGCACCGACUCAACAUGUGAGCAGCCGGCCAGAACCCAUACUAACAGUAGUGGCUCAUUUCUUCAAUCCUCCCUUGAAUUAACCGGGUGCUGAUAUGUAACGCAUGGACCAUGGAUCGGAUCUGGACGCGGUGCCAAAUCCUGCUGCUGGUUCUGCGCGUUUACUCCACGAGUUCAACGCUCCCUGAGGAAGACGCGUCCUGCGAUGGAGCGUUUGAUAUUUAUUUUGUUUUGGACAGGUCGGGCAGUGUUUCUAAACACUGGAACGAGAUCUAUGGCUUCGUGGAGCAACUCACCAGCAGGUUUGUCAGCCCCAGGAUGAGGGUCUCCUACAUCGUCUUUUCAUCCAGUGCAUUUGUAAUACUCCCUGUAACAGGAGACAGGUCUAAAAUAGAGGAGGGUCUAAACGAGCUGAAACAAAUCAAACCUUCUGGUGAAACAUACAUGCACGAAGGCUUAAAAGCGGUGUCAGAACAGAUGAAGACCCAAACUUCACUGUCAUCCAGUAUCAUCAUUGUUCUGACUGAUGGCAAGCUGGACAUCUACCUGUAUGAAAUGAGUGUGAAGGAGGCUGACAAAGCCAGAGGAUUUGGAGCCAGAGUGUACUGUGUCGGGGUUAUGGGCUUUGAUCACAGACAGCUUGCUGAGAUAGCAGACGGCACAGAACAAGUGUUUCCGGUUCUUUCUGGAUUUCAUGCCCUCAAAGACAUUGUCAACACGGUCCUGAGACAGUCGUGCAGUGACGUGUUCACAAUAGAGCCGUCCAGCGUCUGUGUAAAUGAGUCUUUCGACGUAGUUUUAAAGGGGACCGGAUUUAGUGGAACCAAGAGGAUCGACAACCUUCUCUGCUCUCUCACUGCCAACCAAGUGACUUACUAUGAGAAGCCGACAGUUGUCCAAGACGGCUAUCUGCUGUGUCCAGCUCCUCGUCUGCAUGAGGUUGGACAAUCAGUUGAAGUGCUGAUUAGCCUGAACAAUGGACAGUCGUACAUCUCCGCUCCCAUCACCAUAUACGCCACCUCAUGCUCAGAUGGCAUCUGGGUGCUGUGGUUGCUGCUGGCUUUGUUGCUGUUACUGGCUCUUGGUUUAUUCUGGUGGUUCUGGCCUCUCUGCUGCACUGUGGUCAUCAGGGACCCUCCUCCCUCUCGUCCUCCUCCAUCGCCUCCUGUUUUUGAACCAGAAGAAGAUCCUCUGCCCAAACACAAGUGGCCUACAGUAGAUGCUUCGUACUACGGAGGCAGAGGUCCUGGAGGAAUCAGACGCAUGGAGGUGAGAUGGGGCCAGAAGGGAUCCACAGAUGAAGGGUCGCGACUGGAAAAAGCCAAAAAUGCCACAGUCACCAUGCCAGAGGAAGUGGAGGAACCCAUCAUUCCUCGGCCCCCGCCAAGACCUCCGCCUGUUCACAACUCCCCGACCCAAACCAAAUGGUACACUCCCAUCAAGGGGCGUAUUGAUGCACUGAUGGCAUUACUGAGAAGGCAGUACGACAGAGUGGCAAUCAUGAGGCCAACACCUCAGGACAAGGGCCGCUGCAUCAACUUCACCAGAGUUCGUUCUCGCUGAGGUGGAUCAGCUUUCACUCUCUAGUCUAGUUUUUUUUCGCCAAAGAUCACCAACACCUACUUCCAGAAGUUAAUGUCUAAAUUUCUGUGUAUUGUAAAUAAACGUCUUGAUAGUUAAA